CGAAAGAAAAGCAGGGAUUACAAAAAGAUAUUUUUGUCUAACAAAAUGUAAUGCAUUUAUGGAGACUUGGUACGGCCAAUAAUAUAUUACCAAGUUAAUGUCGGUUUUUCAUUCGGUGCAAAAUUGUCGUAAAUAACCAAAAAGAAAACCAAACCCUAGCCCCAAAAAAGUGGUGGUCUGAUGGCUCGACGGCUUCUUCUCCGCAGAAAUCAGUGGAACACGAAGAAAGCAGGCAUCACGUUCGGUUUAAUCAACCACCAUCUCUGCCAUUCUCUGCCCCCUCCCGCCACCACCGCUACCACCGGUACAACCUUAGGGCCCAAUGUCCAAUGUCCAUGUCCCAAUAGAGAAACUUUGAUCUAUGGUGACAUAACUCUGGAGCAACUUGUCAGACUCGACAACGCUAAUCAACAUAUAGGAGAACCCUUGGACGUCCCGGACGCUCACAAAGAUGAUCGUCGGAUUUUUCUCGCCCAACUCGCAAUCCAUGAUCAAUGAAGCAAGAAGAGACGAUUCAAAAAGGGUUGAGUUUGUGCGGGUAGUAAGCGCGAAGUGGCUACUGGUUGCUGGUAUAAUUGACUUUAUUACUCUAGAGGCUGCAUCAAUUGAUGAUGAUGAUCGAAUCACAAAGUUUUACGAGGCAAAGUUUCUCGAAAGAAGAAAUUGCCUCGAGUUGAUGAGUUGGCACGAGCUCGAGUCUCCUCCUAUCACCACUCAAUCUUCGGGUAAAGAACUAAAGAUUCAGCUGGAGUUGGCUAAAAUUGAGCUGGAGUUGGCUAAACAGUACGAAACAGCUGCUGCUAUUCAGAAGUUAAAAAAAUAGCAAUAUGGUGUUUUGCUGCUGCUAAGUUUAACUUUAUUUUAGUGGACUGUCUAUGUAUGUUGUUUUCCGGUGGAUGGCUUAUUGAUUAUCCAGAAUUUAGCUCAAACCUAGUCUAUGUGGGUUGAAACCUCAUACUUAGAAAUUACUGUUCCAGUUUAUUGUUCAAAUGAUGUCAAAUGCUAAGCCAAUGAAGGAUUUUUGUAUUCUGAAAUUCUAUUCGAUUAAUGGAAAGUUGAGGUCCUUUGAGUAGGCUACAAAUUAAGUUCCAA